AUGGCCGAGAGAUCGAUACCACAAUCGCAGCCUCAGUACGAGCCUGUUGAGUCGGAAGAACAUGAAUUGCAUCACCUAACGCAACACGACGAUACUGCUUUCGGGAGAGCAUCAGCCGGCGGAAACAAAAAUGCGGCUCUAUUCUCCUCCGACAGCCUGGAGGGACAAUCCGUGAAGGCAAACCCAUCGAGUUGGAGACUGAAGACAAUCUUGAAGAAAUGGCGCAUGCAAGCCCUCGAAGCAUCGAUCCAAAAGAAGAAGAACCGGCAGGUACCCAUCGUCAAAGACCGCCUCACUGCAAUAUUAGCUGCUCUGGUUCAUCUCCCUGCCAUCGCUGGCAUUAUCACGUUGAGCUUCUACAUUUUCAAGAACUAUUACAUCGGCAAGGAACUCGAAGGCAAGCCUAAUUACGAUGUCGAGAAGAAACUCGGUAUCCAAUUUGCUGCGAAGCUCAUGGAAAUGUUCAUCGUGCUGUCACUCAACGCCAUCGUCUUUUCCAUGAUCCGACACGAGUUUACGAUGGGCCAGUCUGUUCCAUAUGGCGCUCUGGUGGCUGGACAGCAAAUAUCUGAGAUCAGCUUCUUGUGGUCUGAGGAGUUCUUCAGCAUUGUCAAGGGGAAGUUCUCUCAGACCUGGAAGAAGAUCGGCUUCAUAAUUACAGUGUUUGUUUGUACGAUCAUGGCACUGGGUGCCUCUUCGCUCAGUGCUGUUGCCAUGAUGCCGCAGGAGGGUGACUGGAGAGCGGGCGGCAGUUUCGUUUACUUCAAUGGUACCAGAGAUGAAAUGUUUCCUGCCGUCCUGACAGAAGACAACACAAUAGGAUCUGCCUGUAAUGUUACCGGAAAUGAGCGUUGCCCUUCUUGGCAACGGGAUGUCAUCAACAGCCAGCUCAUCUCUAAGCUCCCUCUAUCAGGUGAAGUGGACAAUGGCUUGUUCAUCAGACGACCACCGAGCGAGAUUCUGGUCGCCGGAUACUCUUCGACGCUGGUAAAUCUCGUAGUGGAUGUCAGAGAGAAAUGGUUCAACCUGAACAGCCCAAACCAUACCGUUGCGAGGAUGCCGCAUCUUGGACCCGCGGAAGCUUGCAUCACAACGUCACUGCACUGGGAACAGGCUGCGGACGAUUCGGCCAAGAGAAAACAGACUCGAUUCAACAACUUCCAAAAGCUUGCCCACAAGCUCAAUGCACCAAUGCCAAUCACCAACACGAGAUGUGAGCUGACGUCCGUGACCGACGCCAAAGCAAAGACAAUCAUGUUUCCCGACUUUGUGGCCUUCCCGCCAACAACGCUCAACGUCACAAAUGAUGUCGUGAGCGACUGGCUAUCAGACACUCUGCCAGAUUUGAAGAAACCCGAAGUGCUGUGGUUUGACUCGGCACCAGUAAUUGCCAAUAGCUCUGUUGGUGUCGUGGUCGCUGUUCCAUCCAACAAGUCACGCGAGGCAGCUGAUAUUUACGGAUGCAUGAUCGAUGCACGGUGGAUUACCACUGAGCUGAGUGGCGAUGCAGUUUCGCUCGCCAGCAAAGGAUACCCGCCAUUCUCAGGGCCUAUUGCCACAGCACUCGGGGGCUCAUGGAUUGGGAGUCCGGGUUACGGUCAGCGCGUCCAUCUCGCACCGAGCUUCGCCAAAUACCUUAACCCUCUUGAUUCAAGAACGAACCGAACCGUCAUGCACGAAAUGCUUCUCAAUAGCGGCGUAUGGACAAACGAUGGCAAGGGUUCCAAGUCUACGGCGCAUCUGGAGGCAGUUCUUGGAUCGUUGGCGGCUAACGGCUUGGGCCGAUCGACUCCAAACGUCACUGCUAUCACAACCUUGGCUGACCCCAAUGGUGAGUGGUGGAGAAGCUUCAUGCCGCAGGACGGCAAGGUGUUUGGUCCUGGAGGCAGCCCAUAUGCUGUAUCAGACGAUGACAAGGCACGUUUCUUCAGUGCAGAGAUGGAGACAUGGGUGACUGGCUUCGCGUUUGCUGACAACAGCUUGACCAUGCGCGGAGCCAUGGCCGUCUUUUACGUCUAUGCAUUGCUUGUCAUUGCAUACUCGAUCUGGUCCAUCUGGUCAGGCAUUACUUCAUCUUCAUGGGAGUCGGUGCCGGACCUUCUCGCUCUCGCUCUCGCGGAUCGAGCAUCGGGAUCUGAUCCCGAAGGAUUUAGCAAAGGAAGUCCCGAUAUUAUGAAGGAAAACUUUUGUAUUUCUGCCGACGGAAAUACGCUGAGGCUGAGGGCGACUCACGGCCUGGUGCCGCCUGAGAACCGUGUCAAGGCUAAUGAAGCCUAUGAUUGA